AUGGCCUCAAACGACUAUACCCAACAAGCAACCCAAAGCUACGGGGCCUACCCAUCUCAGCCUGGGCAGGGCUACUCCCAGCAGAGCAGUCAGCCCUAUGGGCAGCAGAGUUACGGUGGCUAUGGCCAGUCUGCGGACACUUCGGGUUAUGGCCAGAGCAGCUACGGUAGUUCUUAUGGACAGACCCAGAACACAGGCUACGGCGCGCAGUCAGCUCCCCAGGGGUAUGGCUCAGCUGGUGGCUAUGGCAGUAGCCAGAGUUCUCAGUCGUCCUACGGGCAACAGUCCUCGUACCCUGGCUAUGGCCAGCAGCCAGCUCCUAGCAGCACCUCAGGAAGUUACGGUGGCAGUUCUCAAAGCAGCGGUUAUGGGCAGCCCCAGAGUGGAGGCUAUGGCCAGCAGUCUAGCUAUGGUGGACAGCAGCAAAGCUAUGGACAGCAGCAAAGCUAUAACCCCCCUCAGGGCUACGGACAGCAGAACCAGUACAACAGUGGCAGUGGAGGUGGUGGAGGGGGUGGCGGAGGUAGCUAUGGCCAAGAUCAGUCCUCCAUGAGCAGUGGUGGCAGCGGUGGUGGUUAUGGCAGUCAGGACCAGAGUGGUGGCUACGGGGGAGGCCAGCAGGACCGUGGGGGCCGUGGCCGGGGCGGUGGCGGUGGUUACAACCGCAGCAGUGGUGGCUAUGAACCCAGAGGUCGUGGAGGUGGCCGUGGAGGCAGAGGCGGCAUGGGCGGAAGUGACCGUGGUGGCUUCAAUAAAUUUGGUGGCCCUCGGGACCAAGGAUCACGUCAUGACUCUGAACAGGAUAAUUCAGACAACAACACCAUCUUCGUGCAAGGGCUGGGCGAGAAUGUUACAAUUGAGUCUGUAGCUGAUUACUUCAAGCAGAUUGGUAUCAUUAAGACAAAUAAGAAAACAGGACAGCCCAUGAUUAAUCUGUACACAGACAGGGAAACAGGCAAACUGAAGGGAGAGGCCACGGUAUCAUUUGAUGACCCACCUUCCGCCAAAGCAGCUAUUGACUGGUUUGAUGGUAAAGAAUUCUCUGGGAAUCCUAUCAAGGUCUCAUUUGCUACUCGGCGAGCAGACUUCAAUCGGGGUGGUGGCAAUGGUCGUGGAGGCCGAGGGCGAGGAGGACCCAUGGGCCGUGGAGGCUAUGGAGGUGGUGGCAGCGGCGGCGGUGGCAGAGGAGGAUUCCCCAGUGGUGGCGGCGGGGGCGGAGGACAGCAGCGAGCAGGGGAUUGGAAGUGUCCUAAUCCUACCUGUGAGAACAUGAACUUCUCUUGGAGGAAUGAAUGUAACCAGUGUAAGGCCCCUAAACCAGAUGGCCCAGGAGGGGGACCAGGAGGUUCUCACAUGGGGGGAAACUACGGAGAUGAUCGGCGUGGUGGCAGAGGAGGCUAUGAUCGGGGCGGCUACCGAGGCCGAGGAGGGGACCGUGGGGGCUUCCGAGGGGGCCGGGGUGGUGGGGACAGAGGUGGUUUCGGCCCUGGCAAGAUGGACUCCAGGGGUGAGCACAGACAGGAUCGCAGGGAGAGGCCGUACUAG